UCUGAUGCUGGAUUUGAACUCAGGUCCUUCUAACUCAAGGGUGGGUGCUCUAUCCUCUGAGCCAUCUAGCUGUCCCAACAAGUGGCUUUUUAAUGAACUCUUUUGAAAGAGAUUUAUUUUUACUGCCUUCUAUCACAGUUUUGGGGAAUCUGACCUACUCAAGUCACCAUAAAUAUCCUUCCAAACUGUCAUAGAACUAACUGAAAGACAGCCCCACUCCCACACCUUUCUAAUUGAUAACUCUCAGGCUUCCCCCCCCCUUUUCUAUUUAUAUUGUGUGCUCCUCCAUUUAAGUCUUUCAGUACCUCACCAUAGUGUGGAUGAAACCUUGAGUUCUUGAAGGCUAUGUCAAAGAAAUGCAAGCUCUGCAAGACAGAUCCAUGCUGGAAAGGCUUCACAUAUAUGCCUGAUGACAUCUCUGGUCCAAAGACCAUCCUGGCUAAGCUGGAGAAGUUUAUAACCCCAGGAACUAGCUACCAGAUCACCUGCCCAGGUGUGUUUCUUCCAGAGAAGAAAGGACUUUUACUCAGUGUCUGCAUCCUUGAUCAAUAUAGGGAGACAAAAUGCUUUCCUGCUGUGUUCCCUGUUAUGAUUAAUGAGGUUAUGAAAUUUGACAAGAUAUUUGUAAAUGCACUUGAUCCAGCCACUGUAGCAGAGCUUCUAGAAACUUAUAUGAUCAGGUUUGAACUAAUACAGCUAAUACCUCCAGAGGGGACAUUACUGGCCUACUAUGAAAAAAACACACGGGAUUUUCUGUUCCCUGAACCUAGGCUGACUCCUCUAUAUCCUGGGGUAGACCGAGAAGUGCUGAUGAAGACGCUUCUAGGCUUUCCAGGCAUCUCUCCAAAAAUAGAGUUUUCUACAAGGACAGCCAUCAAAGAACUCACUUGUCCAUUAAAAAGAUUUUUUGAAGAAAGAUUGCGACAUUUGAGGCCUGCCUCUGCUUCAUGUUUUAAACAAGUGCUCAGUCCCCAUUUACAGAACUUAAGAACCACGAUGAAGGAGAAUGCUUGUGAGAAGCUCGGCAGAAGCUUUCGGUCUCGUUCUCCAUCACCACACAUGAUUCGGCGCCUUUGCCAGGAGGAGCGGCCAUUGCGGCCGAACCCUGGAUCUCGUGGCUUCAAACCCCGACCAGAAACCAAACCUCCAUUUGUAGUUAGACAUGUAGACAGUUCAAAGCCAUUUGGUGAACAAAUUCCUUUAAAACCACACACUCAAAAGUCCAGAAAAAAUGCUGACUUUGCAUGCUUUGAUUUUCCACUGAAAAGAGCUUCUUCUCUUGACAGUAUUGCAGUUGACAUGAAGAUUUUAAGGGAUCAAGCAGAAUGGACUGCUCGGAGACGUGAAUUGUUAUCUCCGUCUUCAGAUAGAUUUGGAAAUAUCUCAUCUGGUCAUGGUAAUCAAGGGGAUUCCAGCGUUGACCAUUCAACUUCUUUUGCUGUUAAUCAACACCGAUCAGCUAGUCCACAUCUGUAUUGCCUUCACCAACGCAGGUGCUGCAGCCCUCACUUCACUUGGGAGAAGAUUCACGAAAGGGUAUGGGAUCAUCUGACCUCUCAAAAAGCCCGACAACGACUCUACCUGGGAGUAACUGAAUCUGAAGUUGAAGACAUCUUUGGAAGAAGGACCCCCUGUUUGAGGCGUUCCCCCCUACACAAACCUUUUGAGCGCAGACAUUUUUAAGUUAUUGUCACUUGUAUAGGACUGUGGAUUAUGGUGUUCCUAACUGUACAGUGAAAAAUGAAUGAGAGCACUAGGGGGAGUUUGAAGAACUCAUUUAAAAUAACAGUACAUGCACUCAUGUUAUCUCUAACAAAUCAUCUUGUUCUGUUUCCUUUGAAUGCAAUACUGUGCUGUGUAUUUUUACCGGGUAAGAGUUAUUGAUUAAAAUGAUUGGAGUUUGGGGCUUACGUUUUUAGUGUCUAUUCAGGUUUUUUUUUGAUGAGGAGCAAUGAAAUAAGAACAAACAAUGAUACUGUGGUAGGACAGACAUUGGCACUGGUAAAAAGCAGCUUUUCUGAGUAAUGUGACAAUGGUCAAGAAAACAGUACAGGCGUACCUCUCUUUAGGUAACAGAUGUAUAUCUUUCAAAUGUCAAUCCAAUUUUUAUAAGUUGAAUUAUAUUUUAAGCAUAAUAAGACUGCUUGUUCCUCCAGAGAAAUCCUGUAGUGAAUCCUAUCUUUAAUGCAGAGGCAGCGUGUGUGGUAUAAUGGAACUUAAAACUUUUAUGACCUUUCCCUGACACCAACUCCCUGGGUGGCUUUGAGCAAGUCCCUUCAUCUCCAUCCCAGUUUACUUCUCUGUCAAAUGUGGAGCUCAAACUACACGAUUCCCAACUUCCCUUCUGUCUCGAAAUCUAGACCUAGGUUCAGAUCUCAGCUCCAGUACUUGCUAACUCCAUGACCAUGAGCUAGGUUCUUCAUUUAAGCCUCAGUUUCUUUAUCUGUAAAGUAAGCAUAAGGCUAUUGCCAAAGUCCCAUGCAUUUAGUACUUUUAGGUGAACCAAAAGCCUUCUCUUCAGUAAUCCUAUGACAUAGGUAGUGCAGAUAUUUUUAUUCCCAUUGUACAGAGGGGGAAGCUAAGGCUCAGAAUGGUGAAGUCACUUAUCCAUAGUUAUACAGCCAGUGUCAGAGUGAGAGGGAACCUGUAUCUCCUAAUUCCAAGUCUCAGGCUCUUUCUGCUAUGCUGCACCGGCUCUGUGCCACCUACUUCAAGGGGAUGUUGUGGAUAAUGCACUUUGUGAACUUUAAAACACUAUGUAAAUAUGAAUGGAGAAUGGUAGUAGUGAUUUGGAUUUUCAUGUGUCUGAUAUGCUUGAAGUGAGGUACGCCUGUAUUAAAAGUGUACAAUUAUAGGAAUCACAAGAGUUCAUGCCAUCUAUAAAGUCCGGUUCUUCCUUUGAAGUCAGAAUUCCCUCCUGACAUAUUUGGAAAAUGAGGAAAAACAAUCCCCUUCCCUAUACCAUAGUCUAAGCUGAGAUGGAUGGUUGAACCACCCUUACAUUGCUCAGAAGCUCAAACAUUUCUCUACAUGAGCAGUUGCAGAUCAGUGGGACUCUUCAGACAUGUCCCUCAGAGCAGGGUUUUCAGGGAGUGGAUGGGGCAUCCUUUCUGGAAUGCUAUUCAGGAGGUGAUGCAUAGAUAUAUGUCUGCAUGGCAUUACCACUUGGAAAGAGAAACCAUGUUCUUCACCUCCCUUUAUGAUACACAGAACUUCCUCCUAGCAUUUUAAUUGACUGAGCAACAAAUCCCUUUCUCCCCUUAAUGGAUCUAUUCCUUCUGAGGUAAAUUAGAAAAAUGCUCCCCUUGCAAUCUCUGUCCCCAGACCCAUUCAUCUUCUUCCUGGAAUUUAGCAUCGUAAUUAGCUUACAUUUAUUUAGGUAGCUAGGGCUUUAAGAUUUGCAAAGUAUUUUACCUCCAUUAUCCCAUUGUAUCCUCAUAGCCACCCUAUGAGUUAUGGGGUAGUGGGGAACAGUUGGUUUUAUAACACCUCAUUUUACAGAUGAGAAAACUGAACCUCAGAGAAGUUAGACUCAUUCAUAGACUCAGUCACAAGAUUAUAGAUCCCAAGCUGAAAAGGACUUCAGAGACCAGCUAGUUCAGCUCCUUAUUUUACAAAUGAGGAAACUGAG